CCCUCCGUUUUCCGCCCUUCCUUCUGCUUUAUAUACUCUUGGUGACGUCAGACGGUUUCACUAUGCGCCAAGCAAAGUCGGAGCUCUCGUAUUCCGUUAGGAACCAUGUUUUAUUUCCAUUUCAUUUUCUGACAUUCAUAUUUUUUUUUUACUACUUUUGUUAUAUUACUUAGCAAUUCCGAUUUCUUUGUUAGUUACUUUGGUGGAAACAUGAUUUCACCGUGUAAAAGUGUUAAAUUUUGCUUACGAUUCUCGGCAAGCUCUCAAGUGGAAGUACAAUGCAUUUCUGAUUCAUCUAUAGAAGAGUCAACUUUUAUUGUUGUAUUCAGGUUUCAAGGUUCAUUUAGUAUGUUACAGACCUCAACCACUUCAGCGUUAAAUUUUUUAUUUUUUUUUGGUAGGGUCCAGUCAUUCUAGCAUCCACUCUUCAGUAUCCACCAUAGUCUUCAUUCAUUUAAUGUGAAAAAGCACUAUUGAUACUCAAAUGAAUAAUCAAGAUAUUGCUGAUGAAAUUGAAGCUCUGAGUGCUAUCUUAUGUGCAGCUAGUGAGUUUGAGGUGAAGUCUAGCGAUGAGAACGAAGUGAUACUAGUGAUCCAGCCUCAACAAAUCAAUAGUAAUGUUAUCAGUUUAACUGUCGUUUUGGAUCCUAAAAGUUAUCCCAGUUCUAGUCCACAGCUAUCAGUUCAGAGUCCUAGGCUGAGUCGAGCAGAAUUGCAGAAUCUUGACACACUGAUCAAGCAACAAGCUUCCAAGUUGCAGGGAGAAGUGACAAUUUUAUCAUUAGUUGAAUGGCUGGUGGAAUAUUGUUUACGGUACGAGGAAGAAACGAUCUGCCGUGCAACGAACCCUGUGAUAGAAAGAGAUAUCGAUAAUGAUUAUACGGUUGUUGCCCAGCUGGAUCACAUUCGCAGUAAAACAAUUUACUUAAAAACUCUGAACCAGUGGUUUCGUGAGCUCGAUCUGCACGGAGUCUUGAUCUCCUAUCGAAAGUGGAUAUUUCUCUUGGUCUCCGGGAAAAAAGAUAGUCUCCAGCUGUAUCUAAAACGACACAGGACUCGGAACGUCGACGUCGACUCAGGCGGAAGGCCGUGUAGAGAGCGCAUGCUGACUGUUCUGGGUCAAGUGGAAGAACCGCUCGAUGCCGGCGGCGUACUAGUCGAGGUGGAACUAAAUGAUUCCGGUGAAGACUGGUCAACAUAUUGGAAGAGUAGGUCAUUGUUAGUGAGUAUCUAUCAGAAAUUUAUUCAGCCACAAACUGGACAGAAGAAAUGAUGAAAGUAAUCACAACACACACCAGCAGGGCAGCAACAAGAGAAGUUCAAGUCAUCCGGAAGAUGAAUGAACAUAAAAAUAAAACAAAAGGGAAAAACAAAGAAAACAAACACACAAUCUAACUUCUGUUCAAUCCAUAACCUUUUUUUUCCUUCUUCCGGCGAGAUCACACUCGUCUUUUUCCACUUUUGUUUUUUUUUUGUUUUGUUUUUCAUCCAUUAUUGUACAAAUUGUUAAAUAUACAGCAGUUUUCACGAUACAAAAUUCAUCAAACCCGCA